AUGAAGAAAGAUAAAACACACAGUUUGACCCAGCGCCGCAGAUCUGAUCAGAGUUUGCACCCAGAGGACGCCGCCCGGAGCAAGGAGACGCCGCCCGGAGCAAGGAGACGCCGCCCGGUGCCAGGAGACGCCGCCCGGAGCAAGGAGACGCCGCCCGGUGCCAGGAGACGCCGCCCGGAGCAAGGAGACGCCGCCCGGUGCCAGGAGACGCCGCCCGGAGCAAGGAGACGCCGCCCGGUGGAAGGAGACGCCGCCCGGAGCAAGGAGACGCCGCCCGGUGCAAGGAGACGCCGCCCGGUGCAAGGAGACGCCGCCCGGUGCAAGGAGACACCGCCCGGUGCAAGGAGACACCGCCCGGAGCAAGGAGACGCCGCCCGGUGCCAGGAGACGCCGCCCGGUGCCAGGAGACGCCGCCCGGAGCAAGGAGACGUCGCCCGGUGCCAGGAGACGCCGCCCGGAGCAAGGAGACGCCGCCCGGUGCAAGGAGACGCCGCCCGGAGCAAGGAGACGCCGCCCGGUGCCAGGAGACGCCGCCCGGUGCCAGGAGACGCCGCCCGGAGCAAGGAGACGUCGCCCGGUGCAAGGAGACGCCGCCCGGUGCAAGGAGACGCCGCCCGGUGCCAGGAGACGCCGCCCGGAGCAAGGAGACGCCCGCCCGGUGCCAGGAGACGCCGCCCGGAGCAAGGAGACGCCGCCCGGUGCAAGGAGACGCCGCCCGGAGCAAGGAGACGCCGCCCGGUGGAAGGAGACGCCGCCCGGAGCAAGGAGACGCCGCCCGGUGCAAGGAGACGCCGCCCGGUGCAAGGAGACGCCGCCCGGUGCCAGGAGACGCCGCCCGGUGCAAGGAGACGCCGCCCGGAGAAAGGAGACGCCGCCCGGUGCCAGGAGACGCCGCCCGGUGCCAGGAGACGCCGCCCGGAGCAAGGAGACGUCGCCCGGUGCCAGGAGACGCCGCCCGGAGCAAGGAGACGCCGCCCGGUGCAAGGAGACGCCGCCCGGUGCAAGGAGACGCCGCCCGGUGCAAGGAGACGCCGCCCGGUGCAAGGAGACGCCGCCCGGAGCAAGGAGACGCCGCCCGGAGCAAGGAGACGCCCGCCCGGUGCCAGGAGACGCCGCCCGGUGCCAGGAGACGCCGCCCGGUGCCAGGAGACGCCGCCCGGAGCAAGGAGACGCCGCCCGGUGCAAGGAGACGCCGCCCGGAGCAAGGAGACGCCGCCCGGUGGAAGGAGACGCCGCCCGGAGCAAGGAGACGCCGCCCGGUGCAAGGAGACGCCGCCCGGUGCAAGGAGACGCCGCCCGGUGCCAGGAGACACCGCCCGGUGCAAGGAGACGCCGCCCGGAGCAAGGAGACGCCGCCCGGUGCCAGGAGACGCCGCCCGGUGCCAGGAGACGCCGCCCGGAGCAAGGAGACGUCGCCCGGUGCCAGGAGACGCCGCCCGGAGCAAGGAGACGCCGCCCGGUGCAAGGAGACGCCGCCCGGAGCAAGGAGACGCCGCCCGGUGCCAGGAGACGCCGCCCCGGUGCCAGGAGACGCCGCCCGGAGCAAGGAGACGUCGCCCGGUGCAAGGAGACGCCGCCCGGUGCAAGGAGACGCCGCCCGGUGCCAGGAGACGCCGCCCGGAGCAAGGAGACGCCGCCCGGUGCCAGGAGACGCCGCCCGGAGCAAGGAGACGCCGCCCGGUGCAAGGAGACGCCGCCCGGAGCAAGGAGACGCCGCCCGGAGCAAGGAGACGCCGCCCGGUGCCAGGAGACGCCGCCCGGAGCAAGGAGACGCCGCCCGGUGCCAGGAGACGCCGCCCGGAGCAAGGAGACGCCGCCCGGAGCAAGGAGACGCCGCCCGGUGGAAGGAGACGCCGCCCGGAGCAAGGAGACGCCGCCCGGUGCAAGGAGACGCCGCCCGGUGCAAGGAGACGCCGCCCGGUGCCAGGAGACACCGCCCGGUGCAAGGAGACGCCGCCCGGAGCAAGGAGACGCCGCCCGGUGCCAGGAGACGCCGCCCGGUGCCAGGAGACGCCGCCCGGAGCAAGGAGACGUCGCCCGGUGCCAGGAGACGCCGCCCGGAGCAAGGAGACGCCGCCCGGUGCAAGGAGACGCCGCCCGGAGCAAGGAGACGCCGCCCGGUGCCAGGAGACGCCGCCCGGUGCCAGGAGACGCCGCCCGGAGCAAGGAGACGUCGCCCGGUGCAAGGAGACGCCGCCCGGUGCAAGGAGACGCCGCCCGGUGCCAGGAGACGCCGCCCGGAGCAAGGAGACGCCGCCCGGUGCCAGGAGACGCGCCCGGAGCAAGGAGACGCCGCCCGGUGCAAGGAGACGCCGCCCGGAGCAAGGAGACGCCGCCCGGUGGAAGGAGACGCCGCCCGGAGCAAGGAGACGCCGCCCGGUGCAAGGAGACGCCGCCCGGUGCAAGGAGACGCCGCCCGGUGCCAGGAGACGCCGCCCGGUGCAAGGAGACGCCGCCCGGAGCAAGGAGACGCCGCCCGGUGCCAGGAGACGCCGCCCGGUGCCAGGAGACGCCGCCCGGAGCAAGGAGACGUCGCCCGGUGCCAGGAGACGCCGCCCGGAGCAAGGAGACGCCGCCCGGUGCAAGGAGACGCCGCCCGGUGCAAGGAGACGCCGCCCGGUGCAAGGAGACGCCGCCCGGUGCCAGGAGACGCCGCCCGGUGCAAGGAGACGCCGCCCGGUGCCAGGAGACGCCGCCCGGUGCAAGGAGACGCCGCCCGGUGCCAGGAGACGCCGCCCGGAGCAAGGAGACGCUGCCCGGUGCAAGGAGACGCCGCCCGGUGCAAGGAGACGCCGCCCGGUGCAAGGAGACGCCGCCCGGUGCAAGGAGACGCCGCCCGGUGCCAGGAGACGCCGCCCGGUGCAAGGAGACGCCGCCCGGUGCCAGGAGACGCCGCCCGGAGCAAGGAGACGCCGCCCGGUGCAAGGAGACGCCGCCCGGUGCAAGGAGACGCCGCCCGGUGCCAGGAGACGCCGCCCGGUGCAAGGAGACGCCGCCCGGUGCCAGGAGACGCCGCCCGGAGCAAGGAGACGCCGCCCGGUGCAAGGAGACGCCGCCCGGUGCCAGGAGACGCCGCCCGGUGCCAGGAGACGCCGCCCGGAGCAAGGAGACGCCGCCAAGGGGUGA